AUGGUGGCGCAACCAGGGACCUUCCCAGAGGCAGUGGCGCCCCCAAGGAUCCUCCCAGGGACGCCGGCUCCCCCAGGGACCUUCUCAGGAGCGGUGCCCUUACAGGGAUCCUACCAACGUUCCCAGGGGACCUAUGGCAUGCCUAGCCCUCCUAGGAGCGGCAUCACCCCCCAAGGGCCAUUCCAGGGUCGGCAGCACCACCAGAGGCCCUCUCCCAGGGGUGGUGGCAUUCCCAGGGUCCUACACAGGGGCGGGAGCGUCCGCAAGGGUGGUAGCGCAACCAUGGACCCACUCAUGAGCGGCGGUGCCCCCAUGGACCCUCCCAGAGGCGGUGGCGACCCCAGGGACACCUUCAGGAACACCGGAGCUCCUAGGGACACUCUCAAGGGCGGCGGCGCCCCCAGGGACCCUCCCAAUGGCACCAGCGCCCCCGGGACGCUCCCAGGGACGGCGGUGCCCCCUUGGACCCUCCCUAGGGCGGUGGCGUCCCCAGAGACCUCCCAGAUGCAACGGUGGCCCCCAGGACCGUCCCAGAGGCCACGGCGACUCCAGGGACUCUCACAGGGGCGGCGGUGUCUGCAGGGAGCCUUCCAGGGAGGCCGGCUCCCAAAGGGACAGCCUCCCAGUGGCUGUGAGCUUCCAGGGUGUCCCUACAGUGACAGUGCCCCCUGGGGCCCUCGCAUUUGUCUUACAAGGUGCAACGCUCCCAGGGGCGCUCCCAAAAAUGUCGGUGCCCCAGGGGUUCUGCCAAGGGUGGUGGAGCUGCCAGGGUCCAUGCCAGGGGCAACGGUGCACCCAGAGGCCUUUUCAGGUGCAGUGGCGCCCAAAGAGUCCCUCCCAGGAGCACCAGUGCCCCCAGGGGACCUCUCAGGUAUGGUGGUGUCCCCAGAGGCCCGCCAAGGGGUAACGUGUCCCCAAGUGGCUCUUCUUAGAGACAGGAAUGCCCCAGGGGCUCUCCUCAGGGGCCGUGACAAUGGUGGCGGCACACCCAGGGGCCCUUCCAGGGGCGGUGGUGCAUCCAGGGGCUUUACCAGGUGCAGUGGCGCCCACUGGGGCCCUCCCAGGGGCACCGUUGCUUCCAAGGGACCUUUCAGGUGUGUCACCCUUACGGGCUCUCCCAGGGGUGUUGGUGCCCCCAAGGGCCGUGACAAUGGUGGCGGCACACCCAGGGGCCCUUCCAGGGGUGGUGGUGCAUCCUGGGGCUUUACCAGGUGCAGUGGCGCCCACUGGGGCCCUCCCAGGGGCACCGUUGCUUCCAAGGGACCUUUCAGGUGUGCUGGCGCCCCAAGAAGCCCUCCAAGGGGUAACGUCGCCCACAGGGGCCCUCCAAGAGGUGUGUCACCCUUACGGGGCUCUCCCAGGGGUGUUGGUGCCCCCAAGGGCCGUGACAAUGGUGGCGGCACACCCAGGGGCCCUUCCAGGGGCGGUGGUGCAUCCAGGGGCUUUACCAGGUGCAGUGGCGCCCACUGGGGCCCUCCCAGGGGCACCGUUGCUUCCAAGGGACCUUUCAGGUGUGUCACCCUUAGGGGCUCUCCCAGGGGUGUUGGUGCCCCCAAGGGCCGUGACAAUGGUGGCGGCACACCCAGGGGCCCUGCCAGGGGCGGUGGUGCACCCAGGAGUUUUACCAGGUGCAAUGGCGCCCACUGGGGCCCUCCCAGAGGCACCGUUGCUUCCAAGGGACCUCUCAGGUGUGCUGGCGCCCCAAGGGGCGCUCGAAGGGUUAACGUCGCCCCCAGGGGCCCUCUAAGAGAUGCGUCGCCAUUUGGGGCUCUCCCAGGGGUGUUGGUUCCCCCAGGGGCCCUACCAAGGGUGUCGGCACUCCCAGGGGCCCUGCUAGGGGUGGUGGCGCACCCAGGGGCUUUACCAGGUGCAGUGGCGCCGAAAGAGGCCAACCCAGGGGCCGUCUCAGGUGUGGUGGCGCCCCCAGGAGCCUUCCAGGAGUGCGAUGAUAUUGGAAAUGCGAUGGGCGCAGUAUUUAUUCAUAUCUUCCUUUGUUCUAAAUUUGCAAAAACAACUGUCCCCUGGGUCCCUCCAGUGACAGUGCCCCCUGGGGCCCUCGCAUUUGUCUUACAAGGUGCGACGCCCCCAAAGGCUUUGUCUGGGUCUGGAAAGACAGGUUGUGGAUAA